GAGAUAGGUAGACCGUGGGCUUUAGAACUUGGAUUUACGAUUCUGUGUGAGGGAUGGCGAAGGACAACGGCGAUGGGCUGGCGGCGAUUGCGGGGCGGAUCGGCGUGGUCGGGUCCGUCGUGCUGAACGUCGCAACGCUGGCGAUCUACCUUCGUGGCCGUUUCCUCUUGAGCGCCGCCGCUGCCGCCGAGAAGCAGGCAAGCAAAAAGGUGAAGAAGGCGGCGGCUGUCGCCCCGUCCUCUGGCAAGCCUCCCGUCUUGCCUGACUCGGUCAUCGUACUGGAUCACGGUGAUCCAACAAUGUUUGAGACGUUUUGGCGCGGACCGAUUGGGGAGAGCGCUACACUCGUGAUUCCAGCAUGGCAGACGAUGAGUUACUUCUCCGAUGUCGGGAACCUCUGCUGGUUCCUUGAGCCUAGCUUUGAGCGUGAGGUGCGCCGCCUCCACCGCAUCGUCGGCAACGCCACCACCGAGGGCUACCAUGUCCUCGUCGGCACCGGAUCCUCGCAGCUCUUCCAGGCCGCACUCUAUGCGCUGGCCCCACCCACUUCUGAUGCGCCCAUCAGCGUCGUAUCCCCCACCCCCUUCUACUCCAUGUACCCAUUCAUGACGGACUUCCUCAACUCGGGGCUUUACCGAUGGGCCGGCGAUGCCAACGCAUUCGACGGCAACGACUACAUUGAGGUUGUGUGCUCACCAAACAACCCUGACGGUGGCAUCCACGAGGCUGUCCUCAAGUCCAAGUCCGGCAAGACCAUCUACGACUUGGCUUACUACUGGCCGCAGUACACUCCCAUCACCCACAUGCUCGCCCACGACAUCAUGCUCUUCACCGUGUCAAAGUGUACGGGCCAUGCCGGCACGAGGAUAGGGUGGGCCUUGGUGAAGGACAAGGAGGUGGCACAGAAGAUGAACAAGUUCAUGGAGCUAAACACCAUCGGCGUGUCCAAGGACGCGCAGCUGCGCGCUGCCAAGAUACUCGAGGCAGUCGUCGAUGGCUAUGAGCGCCAGCCUACCACCACAGCUGCUGUCGGUGGGGACGCCAACCUCCUCUUCCAUUACGCGCGGCGGAAGAUGACGUCCCGUUGGCGUACACUCCGUGAUGCCGUGGCAGCCUCCGACAUCUUUAGCCUCCCCGAGGAGGUCGCCGGCUUCUGCACCUUCACCAAGGACACUGCCAUCGCUAAUCCUGCAUUCGCCUGGUUGCGCUGUGAGAAACAAGAAGUGGAAGACUUAGAGAGCUUCUUGCGUGAGAACAAGAUCAUAACUCGCGGCGGGACUAAGUUCGGAGCCGGUCGAAAGGUGGUCAGGAUCAGUAUGGUCGACACUGAUGAAGCAUUCGGUAUAUUCGUUGAUCGCCUUGCCACCAUGAAAUGAGGACGCCAAACCAGUGAAUGACGUGUUAUUGGUUUUUAGCUCUUUAUUUUCACAUCUCCCUGCUUAGGGACCGAUCGAUGAGUCCUGUUUAUGCCACGUACAUGCACAUUAUUGGUGUGGGUUAUGUGCUGGCAUAUGUAUUUUGGUGUUUCGGAGCAUAAUCGUAUUGAUUAUUCGAAUACUGAACUUAGUGAUCAAGCUAAAUAUUUAUGUUUUUC